AUGGAUCCUCACCGAAAAGCCAUGACACAGCCCAGCCCGGCUGUGCCAAGUGAACUCAAGUCCUCUGAUGAUCUCCCCACUUUCGAAACGAAGGGUUCCGGCGAAUCUUCCACCUACUCCUCCGUCAUAGCCAUCGGUGGCAAGGCGGCUAGCGCAACGAGACCCACCAAGCAUGCUGCUGCAGACAUCAGCGAGAGCCCAGAAAGGCGGGUUUCACGGUUACAAUCAACACACAGUGGCUACUCUGACUCGGGGAUUUUCGAGUCGAGCUCCAUAGCCGCCAAACACCUCCCACGGUCGCGUCUUUCAGUUCAGCUGCGUGACAUGUACAGUGAGUACGUUGAAGAUUCCCAUUUUUCCAUUUCUACCACCUAUGCUGAAAUACAGACUAGUGAUUCUCUAGAAGGCACCCCAGCCAUCAAAAAACGCAGCACCUUAGAACGCUCUACUAGCACAUCUAUGUUUACCCCUGAUCCCCGUAGUCUUACGCACCCAAUUGCCCCCAUUACCCCAACAAAUUCCACACAACAGUUAGUUAAAAUGGAGGAGGUGGAGGGAGCAGCAGCAUCUGAUCGUUCUUCUACAUUUGCCCUUUCAUCUACACCCCUACUUCGACGCUGUGAUGCAGCCGGCCAGGCAGCAGGCUCGACUGCAACCUCUGGCAUCUUUGAGGCAGCUGGUAGUGUUGUAACUGAACCCGAUGACAGUCUCGGUGCACCGCCUGCGCAUUCACAAACCCUCCCACGGGCGAUACACGCUUGUGGUGGGCAGCAUCCGUCAGGGUCACGGGGUAAGCCCCCCCUGCCGAAAAUCUUUCAUAAGUCCUUCAGC